GGUACCGGUUUGAGGAGCGAGUCGCGCUUCAGGACUAGCUUCGCGCGAACCAGUAGAUUCGCUCGAUUCGUCCCUCCGCUCCGUUCGCGUCAGUGUGCCGCGCGACCCGCAGUUAAUCGCUCGUUCGCUCGCGGCUCUCACCCCGAUUCUCUGCCGACGACGCGCCGACAGCUUCCGCAAAAGCUACUCGCGGAGCAAUUCGAGGGGAGCUCGCGCGCUCCGCUGCGAAAUCGCCCUCCUGCUGCGAGAACCGCUCGCUCGUUAACGCGGCGGCGCGCUCGCCUUUCCCAUCUUUCCCUCGGCCCUUCUGCUUUCUACACCGUCUCUCUUUCGCGUCGAGUCACCCUUCGGCUCCCUGUCCUUCCUCUUCGUCCGGCUCUCCCUUCGCCACCCGCGCCUUUGUGCCUUGUUCCAUUCUUCCACGUUCUUCCGCCGCCGCCGCCGCCGCCACCGCCGCAAGUGCGCGCUCGCUCGCUCGCUUUUCCGUCGCGCUCCGCUUCGCGUUCGCCUCGUCGCGUCGGCGAGCGUGCCCUGCCGAGGGGACUCCCGCGACGCCUCGCGCGCGUUGAGUUUUGAAGUUUUCGCGCGAAGCGAAGGCAGGACGGAAUAAGAGAGACCCUUUGGUCGUCGUGUCAACGUUGACGCAAGUAUGGCGCGUGAGGAGAAACGAUGGUGCUACUUUGACGGUGCGAACGGACGUGGAAGGCCGACGUGGAUCCCGCUGCUACUUGUUGUCCUGUGCGCUCUCCUGGCCGGAUCCUUGGCGGCCGCCGAGCACGACCACUCUUACUACAGUUACGCUGGAUGGAAUGGCAAGUCGUCGUUCGAUCACCUGUUUUCAAAUAUCAGGCUGAUCGACGGCGAGGAUGUAGCGAGGGUACGCCGUGCGGCACCUGACAAAUCGGUGGUGGCAACCGAGCAGAAAGCAGAAUUACUUAAGGACCAACCUUUGACGCAGCCGCAACCACAGCAACAGCAGCAACAGCAGCAGCCACCACAACCGCAUCAGGAACCCCAGCAGCAACCACAGCAGCAAUCGCAACCACAACAGCCGCAGCUACAACAACCGCAGAAACAGCAACAGCAACCGCAGAAGCAGCAGCAGCAACCAGCCUCACCAACACAACCGGCGACGUCAAACACAACCAAUGCAUCCACCGACGUAACAUACUCGGCGGCUUACUCGACCAGCGAUGCCACGUCCACCACUGUUCGGCCAUCCGGCUCUGUCUCUAGCCCCAAGCCGGAUUUUAAGAAGAAGGCGUCGCAGGCAGCAAACCCUGCAACCGACACAACGCUGCACAUAUGGGCGAAUCGUACCCUGUCGAUACGCAAUAUCACCGACACUGGCGAGGUGAAGCAGUCGGAACCGCCGGCGGCAAAGAACGCGGCAGAGGACGCGAUGAAAAUCGACGAUAUUGACGAUAUUUCGAUCAGCAAAUUUUCUGACGUGACUAAUACCACGCUCAUGCAGAACAACAUCACCAAGAUGGUCAACGACACGCAUCAGUAUUACAACAGCACUUUUAUCAUCAACGACGGCAUUUGCAAGAAAUACUGGGUCGACUUGGAUAAUCACCCGGAUCUGAGGGUCAAUCAUCUGCUCAGUCAGAGCCAUCGACGUGCUGCGACCGUUAAGCUCACGUUCGACUUCCCAUUCUACGGCUACAACGUGCGCAAUAUCACUAUCGCUACCGGCGGUUUUCUGUACACCGGCGACUACGUGCACAGCUGGCUGGCUGCCACCCAGUACAUUGCACCGCUCAUGGCGAAUUUCGAUACCCGCCUGUCAAACACCAGCUACGUCAAGUACGCUGACAACGGUACGGCGUUUACGGUCGAAUGGGAGAAGGUGGUGCUGCAGGACAAGCCAGCAGACGGAGAGUUCACUUUCCAGGUGACCUUGCAUCAGAACGGAGACAUCGUGUUUGUCUAUUCGGUGAUACCGCUCCCUCUCAAGGAAAUCGAGGACACGAUGCAUCCCGUCAAGGUCGGCCUAAGCGAUGCCUACAUCAUGGACCGAACCGUGUUCUUUGUGCGCCGGAAAACCAUUUACGAGUACCACCGUGUCCACUUCGACCGGCAGGACAUAAAGAACUGCACGGUCAUCUCCCUGAAAGCAUUGCCCACGUGUCUCAAUUUCGACAAUUGCCGGGACUGCCUGACGAAGGUGCAACCCGACUUCGACUGUAAGUGGUGUCCGGACUUGAACAAAUGCAGCACCGGCACAUCCCGACAGAAACAGGAGUGGUUACAGAAGGGUUGCGACAAGCGUAACAUCAAGGAUGCGGAUAAUUGUCCGGCGCAGAUAACGACUUACAGAGGGCCCUAUCAGUAUGACCACGAUGGUCACGUGCAUCCAGAAGAGUCAAUCGCCUCCAACGAGAUGGGCAUAAAGCAAGAGCGAUCUGGCAGCAGUUCCCUGGAGAGCCCUGCUUCGAACAAGGUGAACAUGAGCGUUUCCGGGAUAAUCGGUAUUCUCACCGUCGUCGCUUUUGUGGUGGGUCUCGCGGGUUGGGGGGUAUACGCCUAUCGCAAUCCUCACAGCCCAUCAGGACAGAUGCUGAUCAGGUAUCGUCCGAGCCAAUGGAGCUGGCGAAGAGGCGAGGCUCGUUAUACGGCCGCGACUAUUCACAUGUAAUGAGGUGUCGCCGAAGAUCCAGUCACAGUCAAUGCGAAACUGUUGAGUAAAUUUCCUAUUAAUUGUAGCCGAACAUGUCAAAUAAGUCUGCGGGAGCGUCGACAGUGCGUCGCAAAAUGUCUACUCGCGAUGACCCGUUGCUCGUCAGAUUUGCAAUACGAAAUAAUCGCUUUUCUCAUGCGACGAAUUCCAGGCGGAAUCGAUUAAUUGACAAGCGACAAGCGAAUACCUUUUUAGUUCUUUUAGAUUUGACCGAUAUGUCGAGAGCGGUAUUUUAACAAUUUGACAGUAUACAAAGAUAUAUGAGAAUUUAUCGUAUAUAUAUGAUGGUAUUUUAAUUUAAGAAGAAAUUACUUAGAUGACAUUAAUUAAGAUUAGCUAAGAGAAAUUUAUUCCGCUGGAAAUUGUGAAACUUCUGUUUACUUACGACGAGAAUUUGCGACUAAUCAAUCACUAUCGAUCGGUAUGGCGUGUACACAUAUCAAUCUGACAAAUGAAAAGUUCGCUCCGCGCGAUCGCACUGAACGGGGAAAAUUUUUUGAGACACUGUUAACCGUAUCGUUUGCGACAGUAGCAUUUUCUAAAAGCAACGAUUAAUAUCGAUACAAUUUUGCCGAGUUUAUUUAGAUGUCAAACGUAUGCAGAAUCAUUUAUCUUAUGUUCAUUCGCAAAUAGAAGAAAUGCGAUGUUCGACGUGGAGUCCCUUCUUGCAUACCAGUGGCGUCGGAAAACGUAUUUGGCAAAAUAAUCCCGAUAUUAGACCGUGCUUUGAAACACGAUCGAUGACACAAGCCGCAGAGGGCAAGGGCCGUUGUCGUUUCGAUGGACUAACGUUUCGAAGAAUCACGUUCACGGUUCUCCGCGAUAUCAAAAGAAGCUGGUCGUAAUCGAGACACGGAUCACCGGGAACGUCGAGCAUUUAUGUGAUUCUUAGCAGCACGUGGUAUACCUUGUUAUUGUUUAAGAAUUCGUUUUCUUUUUUUUUAUCGCUAGGCAAAUUGCAAUAAUUGUUUUAUACAUACGUAAUGAUCACGGCAAGAAGAGAGCAACGUUUUGAGAAGGUAAAGAACAAAAGAAAAA